GAGUACGAUCGGCAGAAUUUGGCGAAGAUGCCGGUGACUGCAGCAGCUUCGCUAGAGGAUCAGGAAAAACUCUUGGAUGAGGCCAUUCAAGUUGUGAAGUCUCAGUCAUUUCAGAUGAAACGAUGUUUGGACAAGGCAAAGCUUAUGGAUGGCUUGAAACACGCAUCAAAUAUGCUAAGCGAAUUGCGAACGUCGAUGCUGUCACCAAAGAGUUACUACGAGUUGUAUAUGGCAAUAUCUGAUGAGCUGCGGCAUCUUGAACUUUUCCUUGUGGACGAGUUCCAGAAGGGCCGCAAAGUGGCAGAUCUCUAUGAACUUGUUCAAUAUGCUGGAAACAUUGUCCCAAGAUUGUAUUUGCUAAUAACUGUUGGAGCUGUUUACAUCAAGGCCAAUGAAGCAUCUCGCAGGGAUAUUUUGAAGGACUUGGUUGAAAUGUGUAGAGGUGUUCAGCACCCUCUGAGAGGCUUGUUUCUUCGUAACUACUUGUUACAGUCAACAAGGAACAUGUUGCCAGAUACUGGAGAAGAGGAACCAGUAGCUGACUCUGAGCACCAAGAUGGCACUGUAAAGGAUUCUAUAUCCUUUGUGCUUCUAAACUUUGCUGAGAUGAAUAAACUUUGGGUUCGGAUACAGCACCAAGGCCACACCCGCGAUCGAGAGAAAAGAGAGAGAGAGCGGCAAGAACUGCGCAUUCUUGUGGGAACUAACCUUGUCAGACUGAGUCAACUUGAUGGAGUUAAUGUUGACACUUACAAAAAAAAUGUCCUUCCAGGAGUAUUUGAGCAGAUAGUGAGUUGCAGAGAUCCAAUCGCUCAGGAAUACCUCAUGGAGUGUGUUAUUCAAGUGUUUCCGGAUGAAUUCCACCUGAGGACAUUAAGCAGUUUCCUCCAUGCUUGUGCUGAUCUUCAUGAAAGAGUGAACAUCAAGAACAUCAUCAUAUCACUCAUUGAUAGACUUGCUUUAUUUGCAAACAGAGAAGAUGGCGGAAUACCAAGUGAUAUAAGAUUGUUUGAUGUGAUGUCUGAACAGGUCUCUUCAGUUGUUCAGGCACGUGGUGAGAUGCCAACAGAAGACAUUGUUUCUCUUCAAGUAUCCCUGAUUAACCUUGCCUUAAAGUGUUACCCUGAGAGAGUGGAUUAUGUUGACAAAGUUCUACAGUACACCUCUGAGAUUUUCAGCAAACUUGAUAUCUCUCAUAUGGACAAGAACAAUGCAGUUUCAAAGGAACUGACAAGACUUCUGAAGAUCCCUGUUGAUUCCUACAGCAACAUUCUCACACUUCUUCAGCUGGAAUACUUUGCUCCAUUGUUUAAAUACUUUGAUUUCAGCUCAAGGAAAGAGAUGUCACUUUAUGUGAUUACCAAUGCUGUAGAAAGUGCAAUCACAAUCCCCACCCAAGAGCAGGUUGACUCAGUGCUGAACCUUGUCUCCACAUUGGUUUGCGACCAAGAAGACCAACCCUCUGAACAAGAUGAUCCUGAGGAUUUUAUUGAGGAACAGAGUCUAAUGGGAAAAUUUGUGACAUUGCUGAGAGGUGACAGUCCUGAUCAACAGUAUCUGAUUCUCAAUGCAGCAAGGAAACAUUUUGGAAGCGGUGGAGAGAAGAGGAUUAAGUUCACUCUACCUCCAAUUGUCUUCUCAGCAUUUCAGCUUGCCUACCAGUACAGAGAUGCACAAGACGAGGACGAUAAAUGGGACAAAAAGUGCCAGAAGAUUUUUCAAUUUUGCCAUCAGACGAUAGCAGCCCUCGCCAAAGCAGAAUACGCCGAGUUGUCUCUCAGGCUCUUCCUCCAAGGUGCACUUGUGGCUGACCAAGCGGGCUUUUCUAAUGCUGAAACAGUCGCUUAUGAAUUCAUGAGCCAGGCUUUCGCAAUAUAUGAGGAUGAAAUUAGUGAUUCCAAAGCCCAGCUGGCCGCCAUUACCUUGCUAAUCAGCACAUUCGAAAAGAUGAGCUGUUUCGGCGAGGAAAACCAUGAACCCCUGCGCACUCAGUGUGCUCUAGCUGCCUCCAAACUACUCAAGAAACCGGAUCAGUGCAGAGCAGUUGUGGUGUGUUCACACUUGUUCUGGUCUGGAAAAAGCCGCGAAGCUGACGGGGGAGAGUGUCGAGACAGCAAGCGAGUCACAGAGUGUCUGAAGAAAGCAGUUCGAAUUGCCAAUCAAUGCAUGGACAGCACCAUUCAGGUGCAGCUGUUUGUGGAAGUACUCAAUCGCUACCUCUACUAUUUUGAACAGAAAGCAGACACGGUAACGGUUACGGUGAUAAAUCAGUUGCUGGAGAAAAUACGUGAGGACCUUCCUGGUUUAGAAGGAACAGACGAAACGGAGCUGAUAAGAAAGCACUUUGAAAGCACCGUAGCCCAUGUGCAGAUCAAGAAAGAAUCACAAGACGAAGACUCGCCUUCAUACGAAGAGAUAAAGAUAUGAAAUUUAUUGCCCAGUAGAUAAUUUUUAGUUAAAUAAGUAGUAUAACAAGUAAAAUUGAAAGAGUGCUGCCAGACAAACUGACAACAUGAUUGAUUAUAAUGGAUCUCUUAUUUAGGGGAGGCCCGAAGGACCAUCAUAAAUGUUCCAUGAAUACAGGCGUCCCUUUAUUGGACCAAAGUUAGUGUUCCUAGAGCAAGGUGUGUUUCUAGAGAGGUGCCACUAUGUGCCGUGCAGGAAUGUGGAUGAAAAUGAAAACGAGGUUGCCCAAGAUCUCUUUCUUUUCACUUAUGAAAGCCGCGAUGAUUGGUUUGAAAUGAGACGUGAAGCCUUCUAUGUCACUUUCAUUGACUCACGUAAACGAAAUCAAAUCUUGCUGCAAUGUUCAUUCAAUACCAUUGCGAAGAAUUCAUGGAAGAGAAGUCUGAAGAGUUCGUCGGACUAGAACUUACCUGGUUCCCAAUCUCCUUGGUUAAAUCUUUGCCAAAUAUCGUGUGGUCAAGGAAAUAUGUAGAAGAAAAACACAAUACCUAGUUAGGUUCAUUUAAGAAUUUUACCGGGCUAGUUCUAUUGCAGUGUAACCUUGUUGCAACCGUUUAAUUCACGCUUAAUCGAGGUUCUGUACGUUUUCCACCCAGAAGAUGUUGCGUUACCUAAGGGGGUUAGUGGCUGGGAGAACCACCUACUGAUUAGUAUUUUCGCGUUUGUCACUAUGUGAUAUUUUGUCAUGCGACGUAAAAAAGGGAUUAACUACCUAUGUUUAUGAAUAUUUGCUUAUGUUCAUCGGCUGGUCCAAAUCUUGAUGUAAGUCUAUGCGGUAAUUGUGGAUUGAAGUUGGGAAUCAGAAUGGAAUGACGAUGUUGGUCGGGUUCCACGCUCGAAUUUCUCUUCAUCUGAUCUUGUCACGCACAGCUUGCUGCGGGGCGACUAUGAAGGGGAUUACGGAUUUCGUAGUCAAGAGAAGUACUUUUAGUUUAUCUGUAAAGAGUCAAAGAAAACCAAAUUUGUGUAUGUUAAGGUGGCUAUUCUGAACUUGAUUUAAAGAUUGUAAGCAGGAUUUGUUUUUCGUGGUUCAGGCAAAGAGCUUUUUUCUGUUUAUCUUAUGAAAUUUCAACCAUAUUGGCGUGGAAUCCUGGGCAGCGUUCUGUGUUCUAUUUACACCUACUUUCAUAAUAAGACCACGGUUAAAUCCAUUUUUUGUGAACUUUAGUUCUAACAGCUUGAGGUUAAAGAUCAUUUUCAUUAACAUGGCCUCACAGCAAACAUCGUUUUAAAAUGAAUUUGAUUUCAUGGACAUUUUUGAAGACAGCAAGAGAUCCUGACAGAAAACUGUGAUAAUAUUCCUGGGACUCAAUUGCAUCCAAGCUCGCUUUUUUCAUGAUAUUGCUUUAAGGUAAAGUUAGUGAUUUUUUUUUCCUAUUGAUCCGUUGACUGUAGCAUAAUAUCGAUGUAAAGUCCAAAAUUCUUCAAAUAAAUAUGGAUUUUUAAUUA